GGGAGCGACGGGAGCGACGGCCAGGUGACGGCCGACGCGCCGAGGGGCCGUCGAGCGCCGACCGGUACCGGUUCGUCAGUGACCCAGCGGCCCGCCGGCCGGUCGGAGCGGAGCGGUGUGCGCCGAGAGAGGCCAGGGGACCGAGAUGGUGCGCCGGGGAGCGUUAGGUCGGUGAGAAAAGAGGAACGGUGUGUCAGAGGUGCACAGGUGUGAGCUGUGUGGAACAGAGACGGAACUGACAUCAGAAGAUCGAGAGUAGGCCGAACAUGAUGAUAUUGGCACGACGAUCGUGAGCUGCUGCUCCAAAAUUUACCGGUGCCUCCUCGGCUGCCACCGGAGGCUGUUCUUCAGCGGUAUUCCAGUCGACCGAACCGCGGUCGUUGCGGGACCCGUCACCGCUCCACUUGUCCGUCGCUCGUCAUGUUUAUCUCCACACCGGCCUAACCGGGGCACCAUGGAGCCUCUGGCGCCGCUCGCGCUGGCCGCCGCUCUUCUGAGCCGGGCGCACGGACGUGCCAUCAACUGCACCAUCUCCGGCAACGACACAGACAUCGACCUCGGCAGCGCGGCCGGCAUCGUCACCGACGACCUCUUCAACGUGACGUCGACGAACGGCACGUGUCCGGACGUCGGCGCCGACGAGGGCAAUGACCUGGGCAUGGUGAAGGUGGGCGUCCUGACGGCCGUUCUGGUGGUUGUGAUGAUUUCCACGUGUCGUCUUCUGUUCAAGAUGUACGCCCAGUUCGGCAUGCGGGAUUCGCCCGAUGGGACAGACAAGGCGUUUGGAGAGUAGCGAGGGGGAAAGUAGAGUAUAGAGUGAUAUUCAGGGACGCAGGUAGAGUUUGGAGCGCCCAGUGACGAGAUGACGGGGGAGAGUAGGUGGAACUAUUAACGGAGGGUCAGUGAGGUAAAGGGGUGAAGAGGGGCAAGCGAUGUAGCAUUAAGCCGCCUUGGUCACAAUGUUAUGAACAAACACGGUGCGAUGCAGGCCCGCAGAGGAGGAUGGAGGCCGGAGAGGGACGGUUAGUCACGCGCCCCCGGUCCAGGUGUACCCCGUUCGACCUCAGAUAUCCAGCACGCGCCUGACCUCGACCCAGUGGCCUCACCGAACUGUUGUACCGUUCCUGUAAGCGCCCGAUGAUGACCCGACUCGCCAGUGUUGUACCUAUCCAUAGAGUGCACGUAGCGGUGAGGGGUCAGUGUCCAGUCUCCUGUGGCCUGUGACCACGCCCGAGUCGCCGCGCUCCAAUGUUGACCUUGUUGGUGAUCCUGCCCGUUGCAAUGUCGUUAAACGUGACGAUAGCAACGCCGGUUACCAUGUCGAGACCCCAUGUUUAUGCACGUAUCAUCACAGACUAUGCAGGCGCGUUAAGCGCCAAUAACGAUCAGGGGAUCCGGACACCCACACAAAUCAUCGGGUUAUGAUGAUCGUUAGCAGUUGCACGGUCGGACCCUUGAGGCCCCGUGCUGAAGACAGGGCAGGGAGACAUGACCUUGUUAUAAACCUUGUAAAUUUUUAGACAGUCUGAAUGUGAUGUGUUUUUACAAUGUUAUUCAGCUCUAUUGAACUCAGCAUUCGCAAGUUUCGAACCCUGUAGUUUGUCACACACGUUUUGAAUAGAAAUCUUUUAUCGAGAAA